ACACCAAGGCAAAGUCAUAGUUUCUAUCCAUUUUGUUCUCCAUUACUGUAAGCACCACAGGGAAACAGGCUUUCAAGGACAAGGCAGUGUUAAGGCAGUAUAGAAUUACUGGUUCCCCUGUGAGCAUCUAUACAGCUUUUCAGGAGGUUAAGGCAUGAAUGGGACAACCAUUGAACAUUUUGCCUGUGUCAUUUUUAAUGUUUCCUUCAUGAACUGCACCUGGCAUGUGGGCAAGACUGCUACAGAAGACACCCAGUAUUUCCUCUACUGGAGACCCCGAAAGAAAGAAGAUGUCACAGAAUGCCAAAAUUACAUCAAAGAUACCUGUGGAAGAAACAUAGGAUGUCGAUUUCAAAAUGUGACAAUAGAAAAUAGCAAUGCAUAUUUCCUGGUAAAUGGGUCCAGAAGUGGACAAAGCAUUCAGUCAUAUGAGAAGAAGAUACUUCUAUACCAAAUUGAAAAACUCACCCCUCCAUUAAAUAUCACAGUGAACUGUACAGAAGCUUCUCACAGAUGUAGAAUUUCGUGGCAACCACCUCACACAAGUCAUGUGAAAAGAAGCAGUUGUUUCAGAUAUGAAAUUGACAUAGAAAACAAGGCUGAUGCUGAGAAAAACACCAAAAACGCAUCUGAAACAAAAACCAGUGAAAGUAACUCCUACCUAUAUGAAAGCUUCAUCUCAGAAAAAAGGUACAGCAUCAAAAUCAGAGCAAGAGAUGCAGGCUUUUGUUUAGUAAGCCCAAACUGGGGAGAGUGGAGUACACCUGUGGAGUUUGGCAUGAAUGGGUCAGCCAUUGAAAACUUCUCCUGUGUGAUUUAUAACAUUUUCUUCAUGAACUGCACUUGGCAGGCAGGAAGGGAUGCUCCAGCAGACACACAGUAUUUUCUCUACUGGCAGAAGUCAAGAGAUGAAGAGGAGAGGGAAUGUGAGCUUUACAUUAAAGAUGAAAAUUACAGAAAUAUGGGAUGUAUCUUCCAAAAUGUGAGCAUAGGGAUUGAAAAAGCUUACUUCCUGGUGAAUGGGUCUAGCAAAGAUUCCCUGAUCCAGUUCUAUGAUGAGUACAUUGACCUGUAUAAAAUUGAAAAGCUCAUGCCUCCAUCAAAUAUCACAGUCAACUGUGAUGAAAUUAAAAAUGAUUGCAUAAUUCAAUGGCAACGGCCCCAAAUAAGUCAUUCUAACAAAGACAUGUGUUUUAAAUAUGGAAUUGACAUAAAGUGUAAGGAUAAUCCUAAAAGAAAACCCAUAUACAGUUCCACACAAGAAGGGGGAAAUAGUAGCAUAUUUCCAAGAUCAAAUACAAGAAAGAAGUAUGUCUUGAGAAUGAGAGCAGCUGGCAGUGCCUGCUUUGUGAACCCAGCCUGGGGGGAAUGGAGUGCACCUAUUGAAUUUGGAAGUGAGGAAAUUAUAUCUUCUUCAAUAUGGAUUUUUCUUGGGGUAGCAGUUGCAACAUAUUUAAUGGCGAUCAUCACAAUUUUUUUCUGCAAAAGGACUGGCUGUUGGAAGGCAGCAUUCCCACAGAUCCCAGGACCAAAACCUGAUUUUUUUACACUGGCUGAUACAAACCCAGAGCUGAUGGAGAGCAAAAUACAGUCAAUAUCAUCUGAAAAUGAAGAGAUAGUAUCAGUACCUUGUGAGAUAACCAAGAAAAAUGGAGGAGUCUGAAAGUGCAUUUCUUAGACAACUGUAUAUCCCUAUGGAAAGUCUGGAAUAAUAUAUAAGCUUUCUUUACUUUCUUCUUUUUCUUGCAUAAAAGAGUGAUGCAGCCAAUUGAGAAUGAUACCACAAAUGCAAUAGUUUUAAAUGCCAUUGUAUUUGCUUUUAGUUUGGGCUAAUUUUAACUAUUCAGGUAAGUUAUCAUUAUUGGAUAUCUUCUAUUUUGUAAAUAAAAUUAGAAUAUUUUAUUCAACAAGUUUUAGUUACAUUUUAAUCUUAAGGAAAAAUAAUUGUCUUUUUGUCUCAUAUUAAAAAGAUUAAUGAUUAA